UUCUGCAAGGUUGUACGCUUGAUGGGAAGCAAUAUAUCCAUUUAAAAUCGCCUCGCCUAUAUAUAAAGUGCCACGAUGGUCUCCUGUUCGAGAUACUCUGUUUACCUGUUUCUUCAUCACUCAAGGUCUCCAUAACAAGACUUUCCAGUACUUAUAAUGGCUACUCUUGUUGCUCUAGUGGUGAUUGCCGCCAGUAUAGGGCGAACCUAUGCUCAAUCGGCUUUGACAGUCAAUGUUGCUUCUACGUUGCAACAGAUAGACGGCUUUGGUGUCUCUCAAGCAUUCGGACGCGCAGCCGAGUUUAGAGAUUUGUUGUCUGGAGACCCUCAGAAGCAAGGUCUUGAUUACUUGUUCAAUACAACCACGGGCGCUGGUCUCACGAUCAUCCGCAAUCGUAUCGGCUCAGGGACGACAAGCAGCGACAGUAUCCUGCCCAAGAGUCCGGGCGGUCCAAACGCAGCUGCGAACUAUAGCUUCGACGAGGAUGAUCGAGGCCAGGUUUGGUUUAGCCAGCAAGCCAUGAAAUAUGGAGUCAAGACUAUCUAUGCGGAUGCAUGGAGUGCGCCGGGGUUCAUGAAGACCAACAACAAUGAAAAUAAUGGUGGCUACCUCUGUGGUACGCCAGGACAUUCUUGCUCGUCUGGAGACUGGCGUAAAGCUUAUGCCGACUUCUUGGUUCAGUAUGUGAAAUACUACAGCGAGCGUGGUAUUCCCAUUACGCAACUCGGUUUCUUGAAUGAGCCCGACUAUGUGACGAGUUACUCAUCGAUGCAAUCCGGUGCCAACGAAGCUUCAUCGUUUAUCCCUAUAUUAUACGAUGCGCUCAAGGCUAACGGCCUCAGUAACGUGUCUAUAACUUGCUGUGACGCGAUGGGUUGGAACUCUCAGCGAAGCAUCACCCAAGGUCUCGUCUCAGCAGGUAUGGAGAAAUACCUCGGGUAUAUCACCAGCCACAUGUACACGGGCGACCCAAACUCGGUAAUAUCUACCAAGCUAAAGACGUGGCAAACGGAGGCCGCUGACCUCCAAUCGCGCUGGUGUGCAACGUGGUACGGUGGUGGUGGCCAAUGCGAAGGUUUUACUUGGGCGCAGAAGAUUCACAACGGACUUGCAAACGCUAACCUAUCUGCGUACAUCUACUGGCAAGGUGUGGAAGUCAACCAAUUCCAAGCAUCUUCGUACCUCGUUGCAAGCGACGGUAAGACGCUCACUCCUUCCGGGCGUCUUUGGGCCUUUGCAAUGUGGUCGCGAUUCGUACGCCCCGGCGCAUACCGUGUUAGCACAUCUGGUAGCGUUUCCAGUACUGGUAUCACGGCGUUUAAGAACACGGAUGGUUCGGUAGUGGUUGUUUUCCUCAAUUCCGGUGGCUCACAGCAGAGUGUCAAGGUCUCUUUCAAGGACUUUACUCCGGCAGCAGCCGAAGCAUUUGUGACGGAUAACAGCCGAUCUGUAGCCUCUGUUGAGUCAAAACUCGCUGAUGGGGCAGUUACUGUUUCUGUACCUUCACGAGGGAUACUCACGGUCAAACUAACUGCCGCAUCUUGAUUUGCACGCCAAAAUAUUAAGCAUCUAACCCCGGCUUUGAACAUGCGGGAAUUCUUGGCUUUAUAUUGGCAAUGUCUUGUACGUAAUAGUCAAAAGCUUAGCACUACCUAACUUUCCCAUUCUUAUCUUACAGGGCUGCUCGCGAUCUUGUUAAUUGCAUACCGUUUUUUUCUUUCUUUCUUUCUUUUUUUGACCGGUGCUCG